AAUAGCAAGUUUUCCACUUUUUCCAGAUCUACAACCCCCACACAUACACACUCACUCUCACACUUCACGAGAGGGAAAUAGAGAUACAGUCUCUUUCGCUCACAGUCACACACACUUUCAAACCGACUCCGGUGACUAAUGGCGUCGUCUAUCGUCGGACCAUCUCAUUUCUUCUCGUCUUCCGGCAUUGUCACCGCCCGUCCAUCAUCAUCAUCCUGCCGGACCUUAUCAUUUUCAUCUUCUUCUAGUCUCUCCGGUGACAAAAUAUCAUCAUCAUCCGUACAACGACGACGUCGUUUUGCAAGUAGAAGUUCCGUGAUUGUUUCUCCUAAAGCUGUUUCUGAUUCUCAAAAUUCGCAGACAUGCCUUGAUCCUGACGCUAGUCAAAGUGUGUUGGGGAUAAUACUUGGAGGUGGAGCUGGUACACGGCUUUAUCCUUUGACAAAGAAGAGGGCAAAACCCGCUGUUCCUUUGGGAGCAAACUACAGGCUUAUUGAUAUUCCUGUCAGCAACUGCUUGAACAGCAAUAUUUCAAAGAUUUAUGUUCUUACACAGUUCAACUCUGCGUCACUCAAUCGCCACCUUUCACGGGCUUAUGCAAGUAACAUGGGUGGUUACAAAAACGAAGGGUUUGUUGAAGUCCUUGCUGCUCAACAGAGUCCCGAGAACCCAAAUUGGUUUCAGGGUACUGCUGAUGCUGUAAGGCAAUAUUUGUGGCUAUUUGAAGAGCAUAAUGUUUUGGAGUAUCUAAUCCUUGCUGGAGACCAUCUAUAUCGUAUGGAUUAUGAGAAAUUUAUUCAAGCUCACAGAGAAACUGAUGCUGAUAUCACUGUAGCAGCUCUGCCAAUGGAUGAAAAACGUGCCACUGCAUUUGGUCUGAUGAAGAUUGAUGAAGAAGGGCGUAUAAUUGAAUUUGCAGAGAAACCAAAGGGAGAGCAGCUGAAAGCUAUGAAAGUUGAUACCACAAUAUUAGGACUUGAUGAAGAGAGAGCUAAAGAGAUGCCAUAUAUUGCUAGUAUGGGUAUAUAUGUUGUCAGCAAAGAUGUGAUGUUGAAUUUGCUGCGAGAUAAGUUCCCCGGAGCAAAUGAUUUUGGAAGUGAAGUAAUUCCUGGAGCAACUUCUAUUGGGCUAAGAGUACAAGCGUAUCUUUAUGAUGGCUACUGGGAAGAUAUUGGUACCAUUGAGGCUUUCUAUAAUGCCAAUUUGGGAAUUACAAAAAAGCCAGUGCCAGAUUUCAGCUUCUAUGACCGUUCGUCCCCCAUUUACACCCAACCCCGAUACUUGCCUCCUUCCAAGAUGCUUGAUGCUGAUGUCACUGAUAGUGUUAUUGGUGAAGGGUGUGUGAUUAAGAACUGCAAAAUUCACCAUUCUGUUGUGGGACUUAGAUCUUGCAUAGCUGAAGGUGCAGUCAUUGAAGAUUCGCUGCUAAUGGGAGCAGAUUAUUAUGAGACUGAUGCUGAUAGGGAGCUUCAUGCUGCAAAAGGUAGUGUUCCAAUUGGUAUUGGGAAAAACACUCAUAUCAAAAGAGCAAUCAUUGACAAAAAUGCACGCAUAGGAGACAAUGUGAAGAUUAUAAACAGUGAUAAUAUUCAAGAAGCAGCAAGGGAAACAGAAGGGUACUUUAUAAAAAGUGGAAUCGUGACAGUUAUCAAAGACGCACUGAUUCCUUCCGGCAGUGUAAUUUAGACGAUACAAAAAUCAUGAUAGCUAUGAGUGAGGAGUCGACUGUAAGUUACAUUAUGAUAUCUUGUUACAGAACAAUCGCGAGGUGAAAUGUAAAAAUACAAUUUUAUUUAAAAUAAAAAUAAAGUUCCUCUUGUUUA